AGCGCAAUGGGAGGAGCAUGCAAGUAAGCGUUCGAGAGUGUAUAUGUGUGUGUGGAGUUUUUCCCCCAACUCCGAACUCUGAACCAUAUCAGAAGAAGGUCAUUUUAUGACACAGAUGUAAAGAAGUGAGAUGGGAGACAUUUCAGAGUGCAGCUGUUCUUCAAUGGUGUUGUGUUGCAUCGGUUUCGUUACGGCUGCAUAUUACCUGCUGAGGUGGUCAUGGCAGUGUUGGCAUGGAUUCAAAGCGUACAUGGUCUCUGAGAUCUGGCAAACGGACCUGAGGACAUAUGGGCAGUGGGCUGUUGUAACUGGAGCAACAUCAGGGAUUGGUCAAGCAUAUGCUGAAGAGCUUGCCAAACGAGGAUUAAACAUUGUUCUGAUCAGUCGCUCGGAGGAAAAGCUUCACAGAGUUGCCAAAGAAAUAGGUUAUAAACUAAGUGAGAUGGGAGACAUUUCAGAGUGCAGCUGUUCUUCAAUGGUGUUGUGUUGCAUCGGUUUCGUUACGGCUGCAUAUUACCUGCUGAGGUGGUCAUGGCAGUGUUGGCAUGGAUUCAAAGCGUACAUGGUCUCUGAGAUCUGGCAAACGGACCUGAAGACAUAUGGGCAGUGGGCUGUUGUAACUGGAGCAACAUCAGGGAUUGGUCGAGCAUAUGCUGAAGAGCUUGCCAAACGAGGAUUAAACAUUGUCCUGAUCAGUCGCUCGGAGGAAAAGCUUAACAGCGUUGCCAAAGAAAUAGAGUCUCGGUUCAAGCGACAGACACAUGUGAUUCAGACAGACUUUACAGAAGGCCAUUCCAUCUACCCAGCUAUCGCACAACAGCUAAUGGGCAUGGAGAUCGGAAUUCUGGUGAACAAUGUAGGUAUGAACUAUAUUGGGGUUCUGGCAAAUUUCCUGGAUGUUCCUGAUCCAGACCAGAGAAUCACACAAGUGAUAAACUGUAACAUACUUUCUGUCACUCAGAUGAGCAGACUCAUUUUGCCAGGAAUGAUUGAAAGGGGGAAAGGCCUUAUUAUAAACAUAUCAUCAGAGGCAGCCUCUCAGCCUCAGCCAAUGGUGUCAGUGUAUUCUGCCACUAAGAUAUUUGUUACAUAUUUCUCUCGCUGUCUGCAUGCAGAAUACAGGUCAAGAGGAAUCACGGUUCAAUGUGUAGCCCCGUUUAUGGUCUCCACUAAUAUGACUCAUAAUGUGCCAGUGAAUCCACUGGUUAAAAGUGCUGCUUCAUUUGCUAGAGAUGCUCUGAACACUGUGGGUUACACAACAUACACAAGCGGAUGUUUAACUCAUGCACUACAGCACAUUGCUCUGUCCAUUUUUUUCCCGGGCUGGCUGCGUCUCACGUCCUUUUGUGUAGAACGCAUGACAAAAUUCGCCCGUAGCAUUGAACCGAAAUUAAAGGAGAGGAUGGCGCAGACAAACAACAAACAGGACUGAUACAAACCCGUGGACCACAGAGAUGAACAUAAUACACAAACAUAUGCCCAAUGAUAUUAAUAAGAACUAUACACACAACUGUUUCUACUGCAGUGGCAGUAAUCAGAUGCAUUAUUACAAUAGUGACAAAUACACACACACACAUAUACAUUUUCUGGUAAGUAGGCAGAUCUAAGGUCUAUGUAGAGUUAACAUCUAUUCAAGAGUGUAUUCAUGUAGGAAUCAGCAGUUUUAACCUAUGGAGCCUUUUCACAGAGUUCAAUGACAUUGGUCACUUGUGCUUACUAAGGCUGUGUUUAUUUGAUCAAAAAUACUGUGAAAUAUUAUUACAAUUUAAUAAAUUUAAUUUUAAUUUUC